AUGCCAGCUGGGCUGUCCUGGCCUCGCUACAUUAUGUUCUGCACAACAGCAUUUGUUACAAUGCUAGCUGGCGCACAAUGUGUUCAUGAAAUCUACAAACCGCUCGACGAUCUGGAGGAUCUCAUCGAAGAGAGAUUAAAAGAGAGGCGGAAGGAGCUACAGAAGAAUUAAUAUUAUAGAAGAAUGUACUAACGUAUAAUAAAUAAUUGUUCUUAUGAA